AUGCCUCGGCCCGGCCGCAACACGUACAGCGACCAGAAGCCGCCCUACUCGUAUAUCUCGCUGACCGCCAUGGCCAUCCAGAGCUCGCCCGAAAAGAUGCUGCCCUUGAGCGAGAUCUACAAGUUCAUCAUGGACCGCUUCCCCUACUACCGGGAGAACACGCAGCGCUGGCAGAACAGCCUGCGCCACAACCUUUCCUUUAAUGACUGCUUCAUCAAGAUACCGCGGCGGCCGGACCAGCCCGGCAAGGGCAGCUUCUGGGCGCUGCACCCCAGCUGCGGGGACAUGUUCGAGAACGGCAGCUUCCUGAGGCGCCGCAAGCGCUUCAAGGUGCUCAAGUCGGACCACCUGGCGCCCAGCAAGCCCGCUGACGCGGCGCAGUACCUGCAGCAGCAGGCCAAGCUGCGCCUCAGCGCGCUGGCGGCCUCCAGCACGCACCUGCCGCAGAUGCCCGCCGCCGCCUAUAACCUGGGCGGCGUGGCGCAGCCCUCGGGCUUCAAGCAUCCCUUCGCCAUCGAGAAUAUCAUCGCGCGCGAGUACAAGAUGCCUGGGGGACUGGCCUUCUCCGCCAUGCAGCCCGUGCCCGCAGCCUACCCGCUCCCCAACCAGUUGACUACCAUGGGCAGCUCGCUGGGUACUGGCUGGCCACACGUGUACGGUUCGGCAGGCAUGAUCGAUUCGGCCACCCCCAUCUCCAUGGCUAGUGGCGAUUACAGCGCCUACGGCGUGCCGCUGAAGCCUCUGUGCCACGCAGCGGGCCAGACGCUGCCCGCCAUCCCCGUGCCCAUUAAGCCCACGCCGGCCGCAGUGCCCGCGCUGCCCGCGCUGCCUGCGCCCAUCCCCACCCUGCUCUCGAACUCGCCGCCCUCGCUCAGCCCCACGUCCUCUCAAACAGCCACCAGCCAAAGCAGCCCCGCCACUCCCAGCGAAACGCUCACCAGCCCGGCCUCCGCCCUGCACUCAGUGGCGGUGCACUGA